UGGCGGGUGCACCAGGUGACACCAGUGGUUCAUCUCCACCAUCGUCCACCUACGAAGCCGCAAGGAUUAUGCAGGACAUGCGGAUUUCCGCCAUGGAGCGGCAGAUCGAGCAGAAAUUGCUGAACGAAGAGAACUACGAACCGCAGAAGUAUCGUACUCGUAUAAAUUAUGCAUGACAAGUUCCCUCAGCAUGAGAAAUAAAAUUUGUAAUGAGGAUUUACCCUGAGAAAAAAAUUUGUAAUGCAUGACUGCAAUACGAGUGCGAUGCUUUUGCACAGCAUAAGAACGUUUUCGAACAGAAGAUCACCGCCGAGGUGAGGAGUUUGAAGCAAACGAUCGAAAGUAUCAACUGCAAAAGUGUCGUACUCGUCGUAAUUGCAAUACUGCAUGACAAAUCUUCUGUUUUACCUGAAUCAGCAUGACAAAUUCCACUCUUUCUUCUGGGCAAAUUUGUAUUGCAAUCUAUACUAGUAAGUUACUUUUGCAAUGCAUGGAAUGCCAUCACAAGCAAUUUCAGGAAAGCAGGAAAAAACAGGAGGUCGAGUUGCUGGAGUUUCAGAAGCGGAUGAAGGCCGAGAUGGAGAUGAAAGGUAUUUAAAAACAUAAAAAACGAGGAUAUCCUUAUCCAUCGAUAUUCACAUAUAUUAGAGGACUGCGUUCUUUAAAGAUUCAUCGUGUACAGUUUUUUCUACCGAAGUUGCUUUUUCACUUUGGUGUAUAGUUUCACGCCUUUUAACUGGAUCUGAUCCUGCAUGAUCCUGCUGGCGAUGUAUGGAAAACAAUGAAAGUAAAAGUUAUUUUCAUUCAUAACAGCCACGCCGAUGCCGGACAAGAAACUUUCCGAGAUGACAUCCACAGCUCCUACAACAUCCGCGGAGCACGAGAAACUGCAAGCGAAAAUUGCGGAGCUCGAAAGCCAGCUUUCCCGAGUCGUCGAAGGAGUCGAUGACCGCUUGCAAGUAUGCAUUGCAAAUAUGUCUGGGUCUGGAAACUUGUGAUGCAAGGAAGCGAAUAGUGAAAGCACUGUAAUGCGAUCCCCAGCAUGACAAGAUUUGCCGUGGUUCUGAGUUGCGUACUUACACCGCAUGAGAAACUGCGUUUUUGCAUGACAGGCAAGAGGAGCUCUUCGCGGCCACGCAAUACAGAGUUCAGAGCUAUGCCAGACUAGCAUGACAAAUCUUGCAAUCUCCCAGACCCAGACACUUUUGCACUUGAUAGCAAGAUCUAGCGGACGCCUUGGUCAAGCGGGCGAACGACAAUCAAAAACAAGUAAACGACAAGAUCUACAGUUUGACGCAGGCACAAGUAUUGACCCGCAGCGUCCUCCGGAAGGAGAACGAUGCCAAGCUGCGGAUGAA